AAUCUCAUCUCUCAAAACCCCUUUUCUUUCCACCACCACCACCUCUAUAAUAACAUACUCUUGCACUAGAAACUACAAAAACAUUCGGAGUGAACUCAAGAAAAAAAAAUCAAGAAGAAGAAUGGGGAAUUACAAGUUUAGAUUAUCAGAUAUGAUGCCAAAUGCAUGGUUUUACAAGCUCAAAAAUGGUCAUCCUCAUCCAGUUAAGAACAAGCAAAAAAAUCUUCACCACCACCAUUAUCUGAUACAACCACCACCACCAACUAGUUCAACACCACCAUAUCAUCAUCAAACAGAGCAAAUUUCUCAUCCUAGGCAUUCUUGCUACUUCACCAGAGAAAUUCACAUUAAACCUGAAGCCAAUGAUCAGGUACUACUUGAUAUUCAUAAGGCCAUUCAGAAUUCAUCACCAAAAAACUCAAAAGUUUCCGACCUUCAUUACAUUGCAGCAGCAGCAGCAGAGCCACCAAGAAAAUCAUCCAAAAGAUCAAGGCCGAAGAACAGUCGAAGAAGAAGUACAGGUAAUAAUAAAUCAGUUUCUUCGGUUUCACCGUCUUGUAAUUGUCGAGAUAUUCGAGAAUCAUCAUCAUCCGCAUGGAGUUCUGCUAGUAAGUCUGAUUCUACACCUGCUGUUUCUCCUGAACUAGACAAUGAUCAAGAAUGUGCUGAAUCAAUAACAGUUGACGCUAACUCUGUGUCUAUGUCGAUGUCUAGUAGUACUACUUCUUGUAGUUGCAGAGUAAGUGCUUCAACUACUGAUAUCAUUAUAGAUAUUACUGAUAGUAAAAAAUCUUCUUGUGCUGAGAAAUUCGAUGAUGGGUUCGAUCCCAUUAUGGAGCUUGAACUUCCUCCGAUCAUUACCAAGCUGCCUACAAACAAGACGAGAGAACAAAAAUCAUCCAGAAGAAGAAAAUCAUCAACCAGUAAAGAUGUGGAAGAAAACAAUGUCCAUGGGUCACUUUCUUCGAAAGAACAAAAAUCUAGUCCUUUUGUUCGAAAAUCUAUCUCAGCGGGAUCUCCGGGACUUAAGCUUCGAUCAAAUUCUCCGAGAAUUCUGUCACGUAAAGUCCACUCGAAGGACAUGACGAUGACGUUCCUUGGAGCAAAGCCAAAUAAGCAACGUACCACCACCACCACCGGAAUGAAGAAACCGACAACCAUCUCAUCAUCGAAAUUAAUACCGGUGGUGUCGUCGAAUGUUUCGGAUAGUUUUGCAGUCAUAAAAUCUUCAUUUGAUCCUCAAAGGGAUUUUAGAGAGUCAAUGGUGGAGAUGAUUGUUGAGAAUGAUUUAAGGAAAUCAGGUGAUUUAGAAGAACUAUUAGCUUGUUAUCUUUCAUUAAAUUCAAAUGAAUAUCAUGAUAUCAUCGUUAAAGUAUUUCAACAAAUUUGGUUUGAUCUUACUGACAUUCAUUAGUUAGUAAUAGUAGUAUCUCAAUUGUACAAUAAUAGUCCUAUUGGAUUCAAUAAAGAAGUUCUUAAUUUCUCUCAA